UGAGCGGAGUCAUGGAUGUAGGAGCGGACUACACGUCAGUUCGAACGAGUUGUAACCAGGAAGUGGCUAGUAAGCUAGCAACGGAUAAUGAGCAGCUGAAACUCUAGUAUUUUGACAGCUUCAGAAGGGCAGGAUGGGCAGGCAGAGGAAGAGGGUGGUGACUGGUGAAGCUGCUCCCCUUCCGAGGAAAGAUGAGAAGCCCCCUGCAUUUCACCGUAAAGAGAAGAAAAAGAAAGUUGAUAUUGGCAAAGUCUUCAUCAACAUCUCCAUUGGACUUUGCAUAUUCAGCCUGAUAUGGUUCUUUUAUGCCCUCUACAUGCGGUCCAAUUUGGCCAAACGGGUGGCGACCCUACACCCAUCACCUCCUGUCUUGGAUGCCAAUUGCAGCAGUGCCAAGGUCUCCACAGAGAGGUUCUGGGGCUCAUAUAGGCCCCAGGUCUACUUUGGCAUGAAAACCAGGAGUCCCAGGUCAAUUGUUACAGGUAUGAUGUGGAUGCGGCAGUUUUCCGACACAGAUGUAAACCUGAGGCACACUUGUGAGCAAGGGGAUGGUUUGCAAGGCUAUGGCUGGAUGAUGCAUGACGGGAUCACCUUUGGUGUCCAGGAAAUUGUAGACAAGGAUUUCACACUUACUACGGAGUUUGUCAAGAAGAUGGGAGGGGGUCACGGAGGAGACUGGACCUGGAGGAUCACUGCUAAACAGCAAAGCUCGGCCCCUCAAGCGCCUGUCAUCUCUCUGAUGUUUUACGCAGCAUCAGACACCCAGGGCUCACUGGAGGCUCACGUUGAGGAUAGAAACCGCCUUGCAUCUAUCACUGGUUUCUCAGAGGAGCUUGGAAACUUUAAGAUCACCUUCCGAAAACCAGUUACCGGGGAAUUAUCCAGUGCCAAAUAUGCAAGCUACAACUAUCUUCAGACUGUCUCUCCUGGCUUGGAGAAGCUGACUGACAUUGUGAAGCAAAGUCUGAACCGCAGGUUUGUCUACAGCCCUCCUUCUGGUGAGAAGAGGCAUUACAUAGCUAUAGACACCUACAAGCCCCCCCACCACCAAAACCAACAGAAACCCGCUGACACAAGGAAAGAGAUUGACUUUGUUGUUCACCAGGUGACCGUCCAGACGCCAUUCCAGGUUGAAGUUUUGUUUGAGUCUGGGAGCUUCCAUAGCCGUCCCAACCAACUAGUGGGCUCAAUCAUGACUCAGGAGCUGGAAAAGAGGAAAGCUGAGUUUGACACUAAGUUUGAGAAGACCUUUGGGCUUGAGAGCAAAGGUUUUAGCCAGGCACACAUUAAGUUUGCCAAGGCGGCACUCAGCAACAUGUUGGGUGGAAUGGGCUACUUUUAUGGCCAGUCAGUGGUACAGUCGGUCUACAAUGAAUACCCGCUUCUGUACCCUGAAGGCGCUUUAUUCACUGCUGUACCAUCACGGUCUUUCUUUCCUAGAGGAUUCCUUUGGGAUGAGGGCUUUCACCAGCUGCUGCUGAGCAAAUGGGAUCCCCAGGUGACAAGGGAAGCUAUUGCCCACUGGAUAGACCUGAUGAAUAUAGAGGGCUGGAUUCCCCGGGAGCAGAUCCUGGGAGAUGAGGCUCGCAGUAAAGUCCCAGCUGAGUUUGUAGUACAGCGUAAUGAGAAUGCCAACCCACCUACUCUUUUCUUAGCUCUUCAGGAACUUAUCGAACAGCUCUCUUCAAAUCCAGAGAAGGCAGCAUCUCAAGCGACCUUGCCUUUCCUCCGGCGGCUCUUCCCCAGAUUGAAAACCUGGUUUGAAUGGUACAACACCACACAGACAGGGCCCCUACCAAAUUCUUAUCGUUGGCGUGGACGUGACAAGGACACAAAUCUUUUCCUCAAUCCCAAGACCUUGACUUCUGGGCUGGAUGACUAUCCUCGGGCCUCACACCCAUCAUCUGAUGAGCGCCAUGUGGAUUUGCACUGCUGGAUGGCCUUGUCCUCAGGCAUCAUGGCAAGCAUAGCCCGCCUUUUAGGGGAGCCGCAUCAUGACUAUGAAAUCUCCCACAAGGUGCUCAGUGACAACAACCUGCUGAAUGAGCUCCACUGGUCAGAUCAACUUCAUGCUUUUAGUGACUACGGCAACCAUACCCAGGCAGUGUCCUUGCAGCAGGAGAAGGUGUAUGUGCCUCCUGGACAACCUCGUCAUCAGUUCCCUGUGGCACGCCUUGUGCGCUCAGUCCGCCGGGCCCCCAAGCUGCAGUAUGUAAAUGCUUUGGGUUAUGUUAGCUUGUUCCCUUUCUUACUGCACAUUCUUACAGCUGAUUCACCUAAACUAGAACAUAUCUUCCGGGACAUGAGAGACUCAAAUAAGCUGUGGACACCCUAUGGCCUACGUUCAAUUUCUAAGGCUGAUCCACUGUAUAUGAAGCGAAACACAGAACACGAUGCCCCCUACUGGAGGGGACCAAUAUGGAUUAACAUCAACUACUUGGCAGUCAGAGCCCUUCACCACUAUAGCAACACAGAAGGGCCAUACCAAGAGAAGGCAGCUGCUCUUUAUAAGGAACUCAGGACUAACCUCAUCAAUAAUGUUUAUAGACAGUAUGUUGAAACAGGGUAUAUCUGGGAACAGUACAAUGACAGCACUGGCAGGGGCCAAGGAAGCCAUCCCUUUACCGGCUGGUCAUCCUUGAUAGUAUUAAUGAUGGCUGAACAGUACUGAUUCUAUUGAAUUCAUUGUUUUCUAAGAUAUUGGCCUUCAUUUAUCUGGAUGUGAUUGAAACAACAACAUGAUCAGGUGUCAAGGUAUAGUAAUAGGUCUUGUCUGGUUGAUUAAACUAAAAGAAUUACAAGAUUCAGCUGAAAAAUAGGCAUUCAUGAUCACACUUUAAAUUAAAAUACCAAGUUUCACUCAAGUAUUCUUGGAAGGGGGAUUUCAAACAAGUUUAAGUGCAGCUACCCUGUCUUUGCUGUAUGUAAAGCCAUCAGUCUAGUCUUUCAGUUAAUAAUUAAGAUGCAUUUAGGAAACACUUAAAGGGGCUCUGAGCAAUAUAUUUUUACUUUUUUUUUUUAACGCUGCAACAUUUUUUUGUCACAUAAAGCAAGCAUCUCCUCACUCUCCAAUAGUUGCCUGUCCCCUGAACACACUGUAAAAAAGCGGUCUCUGUAGACAGUCCAGGCUCCACCACCAAACAUAACAGUGUUUUAGCAUUCCAGCUAAUAACCAACAAGAAGGAUUUGGGGGUGAAGGUUGGGAGCUAGUGUGCGGAAGGGAGGGAGAGGGGACGGGAUGAGGAGGAGGGAGGGGCGAACAAGUCUUGUUUUGUUUGAGAAUACUUCAAACGUCAACAAGAAAUGCCAUCACCCAACAUUGCUUAGAGCACCUUUUAAUGAACUCAUAUCCUACAUGCAACUUCAUUGUGUCACACAGGCAACAUUUUAAUAACGAAAAUCUAGACAGGUGAUUACUUUAUUUUUCUUUAAUAUGUAGGAAACUGCUUGUUCAUCUCUCUGGGGAAUGGUUCAUGCUUACACACUAUAUGUGGGACGCUUUAAAUGAACAACUCUUAUCAGAUUUGUCACAAGUCUUAUCUGGGAAAACAUGUGAUUAUUCUUCAUUGUGCCAUUUGUCUUUAAUCAUACAGUAUGUCCAAAAAUCUCUGUCUUAAUGAUUGUGGUCAUUUUGAUAUUUAAUUGUUUGAUUUUAGUCUUAUGAAAAUGCAGUCUCGCUCAACAUUUCUAAAAUUACUGGUUCUUAAAGCAGCCACCAACCUGUUGGCUGACUGGUAAGAAAAUACAACAUUGACUGGCAUUGGUUUUGUUUUGUUAAAAACAAUAAACGGUUUAAAUAUUUA